AUAUUUGCUUCUAGAUUUUCUUUCACCCGUAUUUGAUCGCUCUCCGUUUUUCCGAAUUUUUCAAUCACAAGAAUUCUCAAAUCCCUAAUUUAGCGAUCGUAAAAUCUCAAUUCACCGGCGUUACGAUGUCAUCGAUGCCUUCAACGUCGGCGGCAGCUACUUCAUCGUCGUCGCAAUUCACCUACUCGAAUGGCACCUACUUUCCGACGCCUUUUCAUCUCCAACAACAUCCUCCUCAGCCCUACAUAGGUGCUGCUCCUCCGCCCGUUCAACUUCCUGUUCCUUCCGUCUAUCCUGCUCCUGCUGUUAUUCCUGGCGUUUACACUUUGCCUCAGUUUCAACAAGCUCAACAGUUAUUCCAAAGAGACGCACAAACAAUUACACCUGAAGCACUUGAAAAUGUGAAAGCUGCACUUGCGAGCUGUGAAAUUGAGCACAAAGCUGAGGCCAAGAAGAAAGCUGUACCGCGUAAGGCAGCAGGACAUAGUUGGGAAGAUCCUACUCUGGCAGAGUGGCCCGAGAAUGAUUAUCGUCUAUUCUGUGGUGAUCUGGGGAAUGAGGUGAAUGAUGAUGUCCUAUCAAAAGCCUUUUCAAGGUUUCCAACUUUUAAUAUGGCUAAGGUUGUCACCGGUUCAGUAAUCUCCUUCUCUUCUCCGGCAUAGAAUCUCACCACUGUCUCAUUCCAAAUUUGGGUAAUGUGCCCUAUUCCUUUUAAUUAGAUUCUCACUCUCUUUGGAAUGCUAUUUCCCCAACCCUUCAAUAAAACUCUCGCCCAGUUUAGGUUAUUUCGGAGUUCUGUCUCCUCUUCCGUCCUUAUCCAUCCUCUACAUAAUUCCCCUACUGCCUUAAAAAAGCACAUGUGCAGAGGUAAACAUACCAGUCUGAUCCAGGUCUGUUUGAUAACUGCUGUAGAUUGGAUAGCACCUACAGUUGGUGUCCACCAUUGGAGUUGCAAGCUCUGUUUCUUCCACGACCAACUACAUCUGAGUACAUGUUCUGCAGCUUUCAUGUAGGCGAACUCAAAAAGGAAUCAGUUUUUCCCCAUGUAAUAGAUGGUUCAGACCAUGGGAUUGGUUCCAGUUCAAAUUAGCCCAUCUAUGAAUUUUCUAGAGGGUCGGGAUUUCAGACCCAUUAGAUGAUUUCAGACCCAUUAGUACCUGACCAUAAAGGAUCCUGCUCAAAGCCUCACAAUGAGAUAGUUUGGUGUAACCAUCAAUAUGGAUUAUAUCUCCAUCUUGUUUUGUGGUUGCAGCAUCUGACCCUCUGGAGGUCCAUUUAUUUCUCCAGACUGUUCAGCAUAGGAAUUUCCUUAUAAAUCAAAGUGGGGUUUUUGUUGGUUAUCCUCGUGGCUCUACAAUAGAUGAACCUAUCUAUUUGUUAGCCAAAUCUCACCAACCUACAUCGAAUGCUGUUUCUGGAAUAACUUAUACUGCUCUGUCUUUUCCUUAUACGCUGAUUAUACUUACAUAUCGCCCCCUAUUGUUGAAAUUCCUUGCACGGAAAAGCCGGGUAGAUAGUUCCUGAGUUCCAGUCAUUUCCAUCUGCAAACAGUAUUGACUUUGACUUUUGAAGCUUCUUUGAGAGUUCUGCACAGCCAUUCUAUUGUGUUCUGACUAAAACUUGACCUGCUCAUCUUUUUUCUUCCACAUUCAGUCCAGUCCUACCAGCUUUCUCCGCGAGAGAAGCUUCCCGAGUUGUCAAAGGAUUUGAAUCCCAACGCAAAA